CCCGUCGUGUUGCGAGUGUGUGAAUAUCUCGUUGUUUAUUAGCAGUUAUCGUACAUUUAGUUCGAACUUUUUAUGGUGGACAUGAUUUCGUGUUAGUAGACAUUAUUUUAGUGUUAAUCUGUGUUAUAUCGGACUCCAUACAUAGUCCCUUUACUGUGAAACUGGGAUCCAUUGAUAUUUAACUGAGAUAGAUUUGUGUUCUGGGAGGAAGAUGACGGUUUUCAUCAACGGUGGUGUUACAGUUACCGCGUAGUUGUUUUCCUUAUUCACGAUGAGUACGGCCGCCAGGUUGGCGAAGGUAUCAUUGAAGCCUAUCGAAGUACCCAAGGCUCUGCUGGAGGGAGAGAAAUUCGUCAGGUGGGAUGAGGACUCUGGAACUGGUCUGCCCGUCACGCUGCGCGUGGAUCCCAAUGGCUUCUUCUUGUACUGGACAGAUCAGAACAUGGAGGUGGAUAUGCUUGACAUGGCUGCGAUCAGGGACGUAAGGACUGGGGUAUACGCCAAGCUGCCCAAGGACCAAAAGAUAAGGAACGUCGUGCUGAUGGGAUCACAGGGGUCGCUAGAGGAGAAGACUGUCACCGUAUGCCACGGCGCGGAUUUCGUCAACGUGAAUUUCGCCAACUUUUGCUGCACGAGGAAAGACAUCGCACAGAUGUGGACGGAGGAACUGUUCAAGCUGGCGUACAACCUCAACCAGUUCAACAACCCUACCAUCAAGUUCCUCGAAAAGCUUCACACGAAGAUCAUCCUCAGAGCUGAUAAGUCCGGCAAAAUUCUUGUCAAAAAUAUCGUCGGUCUCUUCGCCCAGAAUAAAGAAGGCAAGAAGAGGGUCGAGAAAGCAUUAAGCGAGUCAGGUCUGCCGACGGGGAAGAAUGACACCAUCAGCCAGUCAAAGUUUCAGUUCGAAGACUUCUUCGCCUUCUACAAGAGCUUGACGCAGCGCACCGAAGUUCAGAAGAUAUUUAACAAUUUAACCGACGGCAAGCCUCAUCUCUCAGCCAACCAGUUGGUCGACUUCCUCAACGAGGUACAAAGAGAUCCCCGGCUCAACGAGAUUCUUCACCCCUACGCCGACAUCCAGCGCGCGAAAGAUCUCAUAAAGGCGUACGAGCACAAUAAGUACCACCAGCAGCGUUCGCAAUUGACUUUCGAUGGAUUUUUAAGGUUCCUCAUGUCCGAAGAUAACCCGAUAGUUGCACCAAACAAACUGGACCUGUGCGACGACAUGGACCAACCGUUGGCGCACUACUUCAUCAACAGCUCGCACAAUACCUACCUCACAGGGCAUCAGAUCACGGGCAAGUCUAGCGUGGAGAUCUAUAGGCAGGGACUGUUGGCGGGCUGCAGGUGCGUGGAAUUAGACUUCUGGAACGGUCGUACUGAAGAGCCAGUCAUUGUGCAUGGCUACACGUUUGUACCUGAAAUCAGCGCCAAGGAGGUGCUAGAAGCUAUCGCUGAAAGCGCUUUCAAGACAUCUGAUUACCCCGUCAUACUGAGCUUCGAGAACCACUGCAACCCUCGACAGCAGGCCAAAAUCGCCAACUACUGCAGAGAUAUAUUCGGCGAAAUGCUACUCGAUAAACCUUUGGAUUCACAUCAACUUGAGCCUGGAGGAGAGAUGCCACCACCGUCGUUGCUCAAAAACAAGAUAAUCAUAAAGAACAAGAAGAAACAUCAUCAUCAUCACAAGAAAGAAGACGUAGCCGUCAGUGAAGAGAGUGAGAAAUGCGAACCUGUCCCUCAGGGAAACGGCGAAAUCGCGCACGGAUCGCUUGUACGUCAAGGGUCCAAAGACUCAUCGGAGUCCUCCGAGUCUGAGAGUUCGAGUGAGGAGGAGGGUGGCGGGGAAGCGGAGGGGGGUGCGGCGGAAGAGGCGCGUGAGACGCAUGCAGCCGCGGAGAUCUCCGCACUAGUCAACUACGUGCAACCCGUUCACUUCUCUUCUUUCGAAAACGCAGAAAAGAAGAACCGCUUCUACGAGAUGUCAUCAUUCGACGAGAAGCAAGCCACUACGUUGCUUAAGGAGCGCCCCAUCGAGUUCGUGAACUACAACAAGCAUCAGCUAUCGCGAGUCUAUCCCGCGGGAACGCGUUUCGAUUCCUCGAAUUUUAUGCCACAGGUAUUCUGGAACGCGGGUUGUCAGUUAGUGGCCCUAAAUUAUCAGACGCUAGACUUGGCCAUGCAGCUGAAUUUGGGCACUUUCGAGUACAACCGCCGUUGUGGUUAUCUGCUCAAACCUGAGUUUAUGAGGAGAAAGGAUCGUCGGCUAGAUCCAUUCGCCGAAAGCACAGUUGAUGGCAUUAUCGCCGGUUCGUUGUCAGUUAGCGUCGUGUCCGGGCAGUUGUUGACGGACAAACGCACCGGCACUUAUGUUGAGGUGGACAUGUUUGGACUGCCCGCGGACACUGUCCGGAAAAAGUUCCGGACGAGAGUUGUCCAGAAUAAUGGAAUCAAUCCCGUGUAUGAGGAUGAGCCUUUCGUGUUCAAGAAGGUAGUUCUCCCGGAGCUAGCGAUGCUACGGAUAGCAGCGCACGAGGAAAGCGGUCGGUUGCUCGGACAUCGGGUGCUGCCCGUGUUGGGGCUUUGCCCGGGAUACCGACACGUGGGCCUUCGCACCGAGCUGGGGCUCCCUCUGUCGGCCAGUCUGCUUCUACACGUGCAAGUCAAGGACUACGUACCAGAUCGGCUGUCUGAGCUCGCAGAAGCUUUGGCGAACCCAAUCAAGUACCAGAGCGAAAUGGAUAAGCGCACUCAGCAAUUGGCUGUGCUCACAGACGAUACUGAAGAACCGUCUGCGCCGUUUCCCACGUCGACGCCUCCUUGCCCACGCGAACGGCCUUCUGUUGUGUGUGCAAUGGAAGGUAGCCCAAAAGCUGCCACCGCAACAACUGAAAACACAAAGAAUGAUGCAGAAGCGCAGAACACUGAAACAAACGACAAAGAGCCUCCAAAAGAAGUCGAGAGUAAAUACAAUGGUGGCACCACAGAAGAAAAGCCGGACGAGUCACUCGAAACGCUGCUGAACAGCAAAGUCGUGAAAGAAAAGAGGGCGGAGCUUGAGCGAAAGUUGGACGCACUGCGUCGGAAAAACGCGCGGACAAAACCGGUUUCCGCCAAGUUCUUUGUCAAAAGGCUGUCUACUAGAAAUAUGAGCGAACCAUCGGCUCCGGGGGAGGAGACGGGCGCGAACACCGCGGCAGAUGAGAGAGAGUUACGCCUCCGAUACCACCACACCAUCUAUGCGGCGCUCGAGAAGAUCCUACGGAACGAACAACAGCAACAAAUGAAGGCGCUUUCUGAUUCGCUGGAAGUGCGGAAGAAAGAAACACUACAUAAAUUAGCGAAUCUGCGCAAGGAGGACGUUAAAGCGUUAGCCAAAACUACUAAUAAGGAUGAAAUACUUAGGCGAAAGAGGGAAAUACAUUCGCAGUCCGUAGUGCGAGGCGUAGCGGAGUGCUCGCGAUUGGAACUAGAGCACGCGAACCGACGGGAACAGUUGGCGCGCGCUCACGAGCGCAUGCGCGCUGCCCUACAACUGCAUCGCGAUCAGGAGUUGUUGGAGCUGGAGCGCCUUUGCGGCGGCGCUCCCAACGGCUAGCAUCCGCAUGCACCCUCUCGCGCCCUCAAAUUGCACGUACGCAGUACGCAAGUGUUAAUUUCCUUUAGGAAUCUGUGAUAUUACCUCCUAAGGAGCGAAGCGGAACGUGGAAUCCUUCGCCGACUCUCGUCUCCGCAAUCUCAUAGUUUUAGUUCGUUUUCGUAGUUUUUAAUACUUGUAACCCGUCUGUUUUGAGGAUGCCGUGUACGAUUUGGAUUGGUUUUCCGGGCCGGGCCUAUCAUAAUCAUCAUUACUUAAUAGCAGAAACUUAGGAAAUUAAGGCGCUACCCAACCUCUCGUGCCUCGAAUAAACUUGCACGUUAAGUUGCCUUCUCCAGAUAGCUCGAAUCUGUCAUUUUAUAUCGCGGACUAAAGAACUCUUUGACUUAUUUACCGAACUCCAAAGUUAAGUAUGUCAACUUGACAAGUUACGCGUGAUACUAACGAGAGCAACGUGUUCGUUCUCUACGUUCGUUCUCUCUACGUUCGUGUACGGCAUCCUCAAAAUAGACAGAUAGUACCUUGAGCGUUUUGUGACGUUUACUAUGUAUUCAGAUUUCUGCCCCUACGUAUCUGGAAUCCACGGUAGAGGCGGAAACAAACUUGUAACACGCCACGCCAAGCUACGACGCAUGUUCUUAUGCCGCUAACUUGUGAUUUUAGACAUUUUAAAUAAAUCAUAGACACGCGUCGUGUCUUUAAAGUUUGUUUCCACCUUUAAUCUCGUAAUAUGUGUGUCGAACUAACUCGUUAUUGCAUUUAACGUUAUUAGUGUGGUUGUUUGACAUACUAACGCUUCCUUUGCAUCGAUGAGCUAGUCACUAUGAGUCGUAACGUAACGGGAAUAUAUAAUAUCGUUACCGGUUUAAAAUAUAUCGUUAUCUAUUGUAACUUGAUGUAAUAUUGUUUGCAACUAUGCCCUCUGUCGCGAUGCACAAAUCUGUAGUGUUUAUUGUAUACAUAUCUAUCGCACAAUCGCUGUUUUUUUAUUGAAUAUUAAUUGUUUAUGUAACUUUAGGAUAACGCUGGAUCCCCACAGAUAUUUGCUUAACGAACAUAGCCAUGCCUGAUGUUGGGUUUACACGUUCGAAUUGCUUAAAUGCUUUAAUUGAAGUAAGUAAGUAAACGUCAGAAGUGAUGGAUUCAUUUGAUCAUGCAGUUGUACUAAAACGUGUAUGGUAGGGAACUAUUAGGCAGGCAUUAAUCUGGUCAGACAAAAUCUAAUGGUUAUACAUAUUAGCUUGGACAAUUUUAUAAACUGGAUCAUUUCAGAUUGCUACCACAUUUAUGAGUAGAGUCUUCGUCGGCGAAGACGAGGGCCCGCAUUCUGUCGUCACCCGGAGUAGGUCUUAACCAAGUCACAGGGACCUUUAGACUGAGCACCUAACCCCACCAAAAUCUGACCGCUCAGCUCGACCUCUCGAUCUCGGCUCGGUCCUCAGGUGGCAACUUUGGGUCAACGUUCCCUCUUUCACCCCGUUGUUGUUGAGGAUUGGGGCUCUUCUCAUAGUGAGCUUUGCGCUCACCCCAUCUCCCCCUUAACCCCUAACUCGUUAAUCAGCUACUGUCCUUCCGAAAAGUGAAUUUAUAAGUUCCAUCGAGAUUAUUCAUUAGCUCAUAAAAGAGUUAACUACCUCCGAUUUAAAAAAAAAGGAAAACAUUAAUGAAAAAUAUACCUUGCACCUUAACCUUAACGUUCGCAUUGCAUCAGUCUGUUGAUGUUCUCAGACCUUAACGCUGGACACUCAUGCUUUCUUUUGAAAUUCGCCUACGAGUGUCAUAAACAACCAGUAGUCGAUGAAGAUGUUACGUGGUGCAUUAUGAUUGGCUUAAAUAUAUUCACGCCUACCAAAAACUAACGUCUGUGUUGAGAAAUACGUUCUUAAAUUUAAAAAUUAAUAUAAACUGAAUGCA